AUGUCUGACAAUCAGGGGAUCAAAGAGCGACCUUCUAAGCGAUCUCUUACCCCGAACAAGGCCCUGUAUGCUUCAUUCAAUGAAGCCCAUCGACACAUUGCUCCUCCAACUCCCAAGAUCCCCAUUGAGUUCGAUGGACAGCUAGGCGAUGGAGAGCAGCUCACGGAGGAGCAAGUCGAAGACAUUUUAAGUGCCUCGAACAAUUCCUCCGGACAGUUUCAAGACUCCAAGCGUCGGAAGGAGCCGAAGAGCCUAGAACUUCUUGCCAAACCGAGUGCAUCUGGCCACCAGAGCAAGGUCGAUGGGCAAACUCAGACGACAGACCAUGGCCCUCAAAGAUCUUCCUCUCUAUACCUGUCGGAUGAUGAGAACGCCUUCAUCGAUUACUCGAAUUUGUCCUUACAUGAGUUCAAGGAGCAGCAUGACCGACAAGAUUCUAUCGAUGAUCCUUUCGACAGCCAGCAUGCCGCCACUGAGUACCCAGAUGCCUCCUCAUUCUACCCAGAAGAUGGCGAUGACUACAGUCUAGCCUCCAUUGACGACGGUUCCAUGAACAAAAUCAAGGUUGAGCCGAAGUCCUCGCCAGUUCUGGCCUCUUCCCCUAUUCUUUCCCCUCCAGUUGCAGCAAGUCCUUCAUGGCACACCGAGGAAGCAGACCGAUCUUCCCACAUUGACGACGUCGUCAAGAAAGAGACUUCUUCUGGUUACUUCAACACAACUCACCUUUCUGGUUUGAAUGGAACCCAGUAUCCCAUCUUUCUUGAUCACGAAGCCUUACAGCCUGGCAACCAGAGCAACCACUUACCUAUCUUCAUCGAUCGUGGUGUUCUCCCCCCUCCCUCAAUCCCUGCUGAUCAGCCUGUCCCUACAAUCAAGGAAACAUCUCAGUCUGAGUCCGACUAUGAUGGAGACGCCUCUGGGUUUUCCGAAGUUGAGGUCACCAACCAGGACAAAGGGAAGGCUCCAGUCAAGUUGUUGAACCCCUUCCAUGCUUUCUCCAACGCAUCGUCCCAUGCUUCGGAGCACAACGUCGAGCAGUCUGAGCCUGGCAAAGAGAAGGUCUUUCUACGCCCUCACGCCGAGAAAGAAGUUUCUCGUGCUCUUCACCACAUUACUGGUCUCAGCCAGCCAUCCAGUGGUCUCAUUGGCCGUGUGCGUCAUUCAAAUCUUCAGAAUUCACGUCGGUCACCUUAUCACAGCAGCUAUGAUCAGCAAAAGAACGACUUCUACCAUGCCCCAGCUAUUCAGCCCGACUGGCAGAUCACUCAAUCCGGUAUCAAGGUUCCUGUUCCUGUUCCAGCCCCCUUCACCGGAGAUGAGAUUGGUAUGCAAGUAACAGAGCCGUACAACGCCAUCGAUCACACACGCAUGGCCACAGUCGCCUCAGAAGAUGGAGAGGAGCGCACUGGCUUAGAGGGAGAUGAAGACUGGCGAACUGUCACUGAUGACCGCGAGUUCCCUACAGGCUUUGUGGGCAGAGUCAUGACUGGUAGCAGCAUUGCCAACGUCUCAGAUGCACUUCUGGUUCAACAUCAACAACAGCAUCCUGUCACCCACCACACUACUUCCCACAAAGGCUGUGAGCCCUCCACCACCAGAGCGAGAGCAUGGUGGGAGAAGUCCACCCCUCUACCGUCGAUUCCCUCUCGUUCUGCCUCUCCCUCCUAUCCAUCGCCUCCUGCGCGCGCACUGCAGAAUAGGCAGCGAAGACAAGACGGCUGGGAGGAGAUCGAGCUCGACCCCAUGCCGGCUCCCUAUCCGGACUUCUCUUGGGAUCGCAUCCGGAACCAUCGAGCACAGCAUAAUGAAGAGGCAGCCCGGCCCAGCCGCAACGAGUAUGCCAACCUGCCGUUCCCCCUGGUCCCCCGUGAGGACGCAGCCAAGCUUCAAGCUUUCCGUCGUGCGAGCGGCCUCGAGGAUCAUACUCUUUCAGGACACAUCCUCUCCCCCGGCCUGCCUUCUUCCUCAAACGGCGGUAGCCACGUCUAUCCUCGCCCUGCCUUGAGAAAGAACUCUGCAAGGUCAUUCCUCUCCCGCACCGAGAACCCAGGCAUCGAUCGCCGUACCAUCUUCAUUGGUAAGUAUACAAUGAUGGAGAGGUACCGUGCCCUCCAGGCCGUCCGUCAACUCGGCGGUCGGGGCACGGAUACCGAGCUCGCGGACAUGGCGGCGACCGUCCGGGACCAGACCCCCCUCUCGCGGGGCGCGGUCCGCCGCCAGGCGGUCUUCUACUACGCGGUGAUGGGGGCGACCCUGUUGCUGCCGUUCGUGGGGGCCGUCACCCUCGUCUGGUCGUGGGAUCGGGUGUUGGCGGGCCUCACCGGCGGAGAGUGCACCGGCCUCUCCUUCCACCAGAGACGCAACCUGCGCAUCAUGCUGCUUGUCGGCAUGGCGCUGUGGGUUGUGGCUUUCGUGGGGGGAUUGGUCGCAUUCCUCUCUCUGCGCGGUUGA